ACAGCAACAAUGCUAACCAAUACCCAACCGUGCAUAUGGACAGCAUCAAUGUCUGCUAUGCCACUAAACCGACAUUCGGUAGUUAUAAAUAAAGUUUUGACUUUAACUUGGUUUUCUUUGAGUUUCUUAAACACCUAAAAUCUGUGACGUGUAUUUUGUUAACUUAGGUCACAUACUUGUAUUAAAUAUUUUUAAACAUGACAUGUUGAUUGCAUUGUGUCUGUUCUACAGGAGGAGCAAUCAUGUUUUGCAGGUCCUCUCUGCUGCUCUCCCACUUCCUCCCCCUGACUUUCCUGGUUCUCACUGGCACCGUUUCAGAAAGUGACCCUGUCAUUAGGAAACAGGGGUUCUCUGUGGUGUGGAACAUGCCUACCUCAAAAUGCCAGAAAGUGUUCGGUGUUUCACUGCCCCUGCACCAGCAUGGCAUCAUACAUAAUGCAAAUGAAAGAUUCAGGGGUGAGAACAUAAGUCUCUUUUAUGAAAGGAAACUUGGUUUGUAUCCCUUCAUCACUCGCGAUGGCUCCAGUGUGAAUGGUGGGAUUCCUCAGAAGGGCGAUCUUGGCCAUCACCUCAAACUGUCACAGAAACAGAUCCAGUCACUAUUGCUGAGGAGUUUCAGCGGGUUGGCUGUGGUGGACUGGGAGAAGUGGCAACCUCUCUGGAUCCGCAACUACGGAGUCCGUCAGGUUUACAAAUAUCUAUCUAAGCAACUGGUGAGAGAGAAACAUCCAGAUAUUUCUAAGGAGGAAGUAAAAAGACUGGCCACGGCUGAGUUUGAGAAGGCAGCACAGUUGUUUAUGGAAAAAACGCUGCGACUCGGAGUUAAGGCUCAUCCCAAGGGAUUGUGGGGAUUUUAUGGAUACCCUGGCUGCUAUAAUGACCGCGGGUCAAAAAGCAGUGAGUAUACUGGGCAGUGCAAACCUGGAACAGAGGCAUUAAAUGACAAACUGGCAUUUUUAUGGCAGCAGUCCACUGCACUCUAUCCAAGUGUGUAUGUGCGCCGUGGGCUUGCAGGACACCCAAACACAAGGCUUAUGGUUAGACACCGUGUACUCGAGGCAUUCCGAGUGGCAUCAAAGCAUGGACAUGGUGCUGCCCGACUUCCUGUUCUACCUUACGCUAGAGUGGCCUUUAUAAAAACUCUGCACUUUUUAAACCAGACUGAUCUGGAGAACACACUUGGUGAGAUUGCUUCAUUAGGUGCUGCUGGUGUGGUGCUGUGGGGUGAAAUAGGUUUUGCCAAGUCUGAGCACCAGUGUGUUCUUCUCCGAAACUACAUACGCUCGGUUUUGGGUGUGUACAUAGACGCUCUGCAUCGGGGUGUGGCACAUUGCAGCCAGACUGUGUGCAGUGGUCAUGGUCGCUGUGUGAGGCGCGACCCUCAUUCCGGCCACAUGAUCGCCCAGCUCCAAACGAGGACCGAUCUCGUCCAUGACAUGAAGUCUAACUUCAGAUGCUUGUGCUAUGAGGGAUGGAGCGGAGAGCAGUGUGAGGAGAACGUCAUGAAUGUGAAGUGAAGCCAGCGCUAACUCCACGUUUCAAAUCCUGUUUUAAAGUUUACAUUUUAAUACAGAUUCUAAAAUGUGCAUAGUUUUUGCUUCUCAAUAA